AUGAAGAAACUCCUAUGCAAGGACGCAGAGUUUGAAUGGACCGACCAGAAGCAAGCAGCCUUCGAGCACCUAAAACGGAAACUGUGCGAGAAGCCCGUCUUAGCUCACCCCGAUUUCCAGGGAAACCGACCCUUCACACUAGAUACAGACGCCUCUGGAUUCGCUACAGGAGCGGUACUAUCCCAACAACAAGAAGACGAAGAACUCCAAUAUUAUGAUUUCGAGAUCGAAUAUCGGCCCGGAGCCAACCAUGGGAAUGCUGACGCCCUAUCCCGAAGACCCACGUCCGAGGAGAACCCAGCGCCUGACAUCGAGAUCACCCCUGAGGAUCACCAAAUGUACCAGGCACUAGAAGUGAAACCUCCUUCUACCGGCGCUUUCCGCAAAGCCAACGUCAACGCCGUCACCCGCAGCCAGGCAAAGCAAACGCCCCCUUUAGACGCAGAAAUAGAGGACGAGACCAAUCCCUCCCCUGAGACGGAUUCCCCACACGUCCACCCCAAAGGACCCAUCCAGGAGUUAGACGACGACGCUAUCCGCCACCCUGAAGAAAUAAACCACCACGACUCACCCAACUCUCCAUGUUGUUGUGAUGAUCAUUACCCAAACGACAAUGUCUACCACAAGUUAGUGUUACAAGAUGAGGCCGAAGGCCACGCCUGGAACGACGAGAAGCGUCCCAACCCCAAGCUCGAGGCCCAACUAACCAGAUCCCAGGUGCCCGUGGAGCAAUCAAAAGACAGCACCCUCAGCCAAGUCCGUAACUGGCUGAUGAAACCAAACACAACCCCACCGAUUUCUGCUUUGGGCGAACCCAAACUACGGCAGUAUCGAGCACAGUUAGACAAGUUAACGAUUAAAAAUGAUAAACUCUAUUUAACCACAGAUAAUCAGGAGCGAGUAUGUAUCCCGGACUCCCUUAUACCAGAUCUACUCCGAUGCCUCCAUCACCAUCCCUUGGCCGGACACCAAGGCCGAGCCCGCACCUAUCGGCAAGCCCGACGUCACUUCUAUUGGCCUGGAAUGGCCAAGGACAUCUCAUCCAUGAUAGAGGGUUGCGCACCGUGCCAGCAAGCCAAGCGUCGCACCCACGAGAAACACGUACCCUUGGGCCAAACCAGCACUGCAAUUGAUACCCGAUUUACCCAUUUUUAUGCAGAUAUCGUUGGCCCAUGGCCAGGAUCCCAAGGCCCCCAAGGAAAACGCUACCUAUUAACCAUUCAGGAUGCCUUCACCAAGUACCCGGAAGCUUGGCCUAUCAAUGCCAUGACCACCUAG